UUGAAAUAGUGCCCUCUUCUCUACAAAAGACUUGGAAGAUUUCAAAAUUGAGUAGUCUCAACAAUGUUAGCACAAUCUCCAGUGGUCGGAAACCAGAUCCAACGCCAGAAAACCGGCCGGAAGCAUCUCCAGAUAAGGAACACUCAGGCGAAUCAAAUCCCCGAUGAAGCGAUCAAACCCAAGCUAAAACACGACCUGCUCGACAUUUCACUGUACCACAUCUCAAACAAGGAAAAUGUCCAUCCGCUUCAGGCGGCGGCGGCGGGAAAGGGGAAGCCGCACGGUGAAAUCGGACUGCGAGACUCCUCGCUGGCCGAUGAGCUCAGCUCCAUACGGGAGAAGCUGGAGAGGAUGAGGAUCGACAAACAGAGAACGGAGAAGAUGCUCCGUGAGCGGGCGGCGGUGAUGGAUUUGCAGAUGCAGGAGCUGAUUAACAGAGGAGAGAUUCAGAAGCAGCUCGAGCUCGAGGUCGAUCGCCUUUUCCGAUUGAAGGAGCUCCGGCUAUCUUGUAUGAGAAUAUCUCCUAUUCGAUCGCUUAGAGAUAAGGAGAAAGAAAAGAAGGGGAAGGAAGAUCAAUUCAAGGACAUGGAAGAAAUUGAAAAUGAGGAAGGAUCACAGGGUAGAAUUGCACCAUCAAGCCCAAGUUCAGAUCUUGAUACAGAGGAAUGAAAUGAAAAAGAUCUGGAAGAAAGAUAUCAAGCGACUCAAUGUUGUUCUUGGAUUCUUGAUGGAGUGGGAAAUGAAAAGAAACAUACACAAUAUCUUGUUGUACAUGAUUUUAUUGAACAGAAAGAGCACAACUUUUGUUCCCUUUAAUAUUACAAAUAGGUGGAGAGACUUUCAUUGUAUAAGUAUCAAUUUGUGGUUUGGUGGCAUUUACAUUUUCGAUUGCGUACUAGUAAAGUCCUAUUUGGAAUGGGUUUUUAUUCUUACUCCCUCCGUCCCAUUUAUACUGUCCCAGUUCCUAUUUA